UCCAGGUAUAGAAAAAUAAAAUGGACAGGACGAACUGGACAGAGAUUGAGUUCAUUCUGCAGGGACUUUCUGAGUACCCCAAAGUGGAAAAACUCCUUUUCGUCAUGUGCUUGAUGAUGUACCUGGUGAUCCUGCUGGGGAACAGCACCUUGAUCAUACUAAUUCUCCUGGAUUCCCGCCUCCAUACGCCCAUGUACUUCUUCCUUGGUAAUCUUUCCCUCCUAGACAUUUGUUACACGUCCUCCUUUACCCCCUCAGUGUUGAUUCACUUCCUAUCACAGAAAAAAACCAUCUCCUUCCUUAGAUGUGUUGUUCAGAUGUCUGUCUCCUACACUAUGGCAUGCACAGAAUGCGUGCUCUUAGCAGUGAUGGCAUAUGACCGUUACGUGGCCAUCUGUAACCCUCUGAGAUACUCCAUCAUCAUGAGCAAGGCACUUUGUAUUCAGAUGGCAGCCCUCUCCUGGGGAAUGGGCUUUCUCAAUUCACUGAUAAAAACUAUACUUGCAAUACGGUUGCCCUUUUGUGGAAAAAAUGUCAUUAACCACUUUGUUUGUGAAAUAAUGGCUUUUGUCAAGCUGGCUUGUGCAGAUAUUUCCUUGAAUGAGAUUGCUAUAAUGUUGGGCAAUGUAAUAUUUUUGUAUAUUCCAUUAUUGUUAAUUUGCAUCUCCUACAUUUUCAUCCUAUCUACUGUACUAAAAAUGAAUUCAGCAGAAGGAAGAAAAAAAGCUUUUUCUACCUGUUCAGCCCACUUAACAGUAGUGACCAUGUUUUAUGGGACAAUCCUCUCCAUAUAUAUGAAGCCAAAGUCCAAAGACUCUGCUAUUGACAAACUGAUUGCUCUGUUCUAUGGAGUAGUCACUCCCAUGCUCAAUCCUAUCAUCUAUAGCCUGAGGAACACAGAGGUGCUUGGAGCUUUGAGAAAAUUGAUGAGUAGACACUGGUUCUGGAGAAAAGGAUGA